CCGAUUGCUUAUGAUCCUGAGAUUCCUUACUAUACCGAAAGGAAAUUGAACCAACCAAGGUCUGAUCAACCGACUAACAGCGAAUCAGAGUCGAACAAUGAAAAGGAACCCUGGUCUUUUAGGAAGAUAUGUAGAAGAUUUGCCGAAAGAACUUCCAUGCAAGGAAUUCCAUAUAUUCACGUGUCUAAGACGUGGUUCGCUAAAGGAGCAUGGACUUUUAUAUUUCUCAUUGGAACUAGUGGAAUGAUAUUUCACCUGUUCUAUCUGUUUGGUAUAUAUUUACAAUUUUCAAAACAAACCACAGUCUCGCUCGGUUUUGACGCUUUGCCAUUUCCAGCUGUGACGAUUUGUAGCGUUAAUCCAAUGAGACAAAGCAUGACAAGUAUAGCUGGCGAAGAUCUUCAGGAUCUACUGAAUGACGUUAAACCAUCAAAUGUACAACAAUUAUAUCAGAACCCACCUAACAUGGAGCCGCCUAAUGGAUCACCUUAUGGACCACCUUUAGUAAGAAAGAAACGAUUUUUAGAUAAACUGGAAGUGAAAAGACCACCUACCGAACUAGACAUCGAAGACGGUGAAGGUUAUGGCAAAGAUGAGUGGGAAUCAACUAGUACUAGGGAUGAGGCGGAUGAAAUCUAUCGAUAUUUUUAUUCCCUGUUUAACUCCGAACCAAGACAUACAAGAUUGAAGAUGGGACAUGAAAUAGAAACUAUGCUAAUUAAAUGUGCUUUUGCUGGUAGAAGUUGUCAUCCCGAGAAUUUCACUCAAAUCACAAAUUCGCAUUUUGGCAAUUGCUACACUUUACAGACGCCAUUUUUUAAGAGUCGUAGAAGUGGACCAGGUCGAGGUCUAGAAUUAAUACUUUUCUUGGAAAAACAUGAGUUUAUUAGAGGUAUAACUAAUGGUAAUGGAAUACAAAUAAUGGUUCAUGAUCGUGAUUCGAUUCCACAUCCAUAUGAUGAAGGUAUCGCAGUCGCACCAGAAUCUGAAACAUUCGUUGGUCUUAAUAUGCUGAGAGUUAGUAGAAUGGUUGAACCAUAUGGAUCCUGUGACGACGGAACAACGUUCCAAAAUAAAUAUGGAGCUAAAUAUACUAGAGCGUCUUGUCAAAAGUUUUGUGAAUCAGUACUCAUAAUGGAUAAAUGUAACUGUACAGAUUCUAAACAAGAAGAAAUAAACCUUAAAAUUGCCAAUACUAGGGAAUUGCCUCAUGAAUGCCGUUCACAAAAAGAUACGAAAUGCAUGGUUUCUAUUAACCGACGAUAUGAGAUCGGCGAUUUAAAAUGUAAAUGUGACGACCCGUGCGAGGAAACUAAAUAUGUGAAGUCUGUGUCUGCUAGACAAUGGCCAUCAAAUGAUUAUGCACAAUUGUUGUUAAGAGUAUUAUGUAAUAAAAGAGGGGAGACAAUAUGUAAUGGUUAUGACCAAGUCGACCAUAGAUCACUGGCUCAGAAUUUUGUCAAGUUAAACAUUUAUUUUGAAAGUUUGAAUUAUCAAAAUAUUACAGAAGAAGCUGACUAUCAGGAUUCUCAAUUUGCUUCUGAUGUCGGUGGAACAGUUGGGUUAUGGAUUGGAUUAUCUGCCCUUAGUUUGAUGGAGGUUUUCCAGUUUAUCGCAGAAAUAAUCAAAUACUUAUUAUGUAGACGAAAGUCUCCAAGUGAUCGAAGAAAACAAAAUGAUAAAAACGAAACAAGAGAGUGAAAUAAAAGAUUUUAGAAAUCAAAACCUCAAACAAUAACCAUGACAAUACUUAUUAUGUAGAGGAAAGUCUCUAAGUGAUCGAAGAAAACAAAAUGAUAAAAAAGAAACAAGAGAGUGAAAUAAAAGAUUUUAGAAAUCA